AUGAUUUACUUGGACGUUACUUUCCUCACUGGUAGAUUCAGGGGUACUUUGAUGGCUACAACAUGUAUCAAUGGAAAUGAUGGUUUUUUCCCAUAUGCCUUUGCUAUUGUUUUAUCUGAAAACAAAGAAAAUUGGUUUUGGUUUCUGGAUAAUCUUAAACAAAUGGUCGAUGAUCGUCUGAUUGUUUCCUUGUGCAAUCUCCCUAUUGGAAGAGGUGAUGAGAACUACAAUGUCGUUAUUGAUUUGUGUUACAAAGCUGCUUACUCUUACACAGCAGCGAACUUUGAAGAAGCUUCGCGUGGCAUGCAUGCAAUCGCUCGUGGACAUGCUGCUAAUUAUCUCAGGACCAUUCCAAAGGAGAAAUGGGAAAAUGCGUUUUUCCCUAUAUGCAAAUAUGAUGCUCACUCUUCAACUCUUUCCGAGUCAUUCAAUAACUGGAUUCUUGAGUUGAAAAAGUUAUCUGCUUUUUCUCUUAUUGAUGCGAUACGUUUGAAGGUUAUUCAGAUGAUUUCUAAGAGAAGGGUAGAAGGUCUUGAAAAUUUUAACACUAGGCUCACUCCCGUAUUCGAGGAUAUGCUAAACGAGAACAUCAACAUUGGUCGUACUUGGACUGUGGCGAGUAAAUGGUUUUCCCUGUGCAAUGCUUGUGCUGCCAUUCAAUCUACGAGGGAGGACAUCUAUUCAUUUUUUGAGCCAUACUUCACCACAUGGUACAACAGAACAUACCAAGAGAUCAUCUUGCCAAUCCCCAAUUAUGAUAAGCCGCAGUCUUAUGAUCCUAGUGAUAAGAUUAUUAUUCCUAUUCCUGUGCCUCCACCUGGUAGACGAAGAGAACAACGUUUCAAGAAGGCUUGGGAGAAGAAAAAGAGGCCAAGGAUGUGCACAAAGUUCUUCACUAUUUAUCACCACAACAGAUCUACCUGCCCCAUGUCUUGA